AUGGAUGCCGUCGAUGUGUCGGACCACUACGAGGUCACAACCUCCGAAGAGACCCCUUCACUCCUCUCCAUCGUCCUCGACACCAACCCGAGAGCGUGGGCUGCCCUGGGCAACGUCCUGCCUCUGUCCAAGGCGAUAGCUAACAUUCUCGUCUUCGUCAACGCCCACCUCGCCUUCAGCAACUCGAACCAGGUAGCCAUCUUCGCCGCACACGUAAACCGGGCUGUAUGGCUCUAUCCCUCCCCACCCACGGCGAAGAAACCGACAGACACCUCGGGCGAUGUCCAGAUGCAAGAUGCCUCGACGAGCGCUCCGCCUGGCUCGGCAAACAAAUUUCCCCAGUUCGCCCAGAUCGAGGCAGCAGUGCUCGCAUCAUUACGGAAACUCACCGACGAAACGACCGGGGAGGAUCUCGAAACCACCACGACGCAGCUGUCAGGGGCCCUGACACUCGCCCUCUGCCAUAUCCACAAAGCUUCGCAACAGCUCAGUGCUGCUGGCACCAAUCUCGAAGACCACACCAAGUCCAGCGCGGCAACCAACCCGAUGAAAGGCCGUAUCCUCGUCAUUUCUGUCUCCGACUCGGAGCCGGCCCAGUACAUCCCGACCAUGAACGCCGUGUUUGCGGCCGCGCACUCCCAAAUAGCCAUUGAUACCCUCUCUCUGUCCGGCGACUCUACCUUCCUGCAGCAAGCGUGCUUCAACACAAACGGGACCUUCCUGGCCGCCUCGAAUCCACAGGGCCUGCUCACCUACCUCAUGUUCGGCCUCAUCGCCGACACCGAGGCCCGUCAGUCUCUCAUCCCCGCCACCCAUGACAAGGUGGAUUUCCGCGCGGCCUGCUUCUGCCACGGCAAGGUCGUCGACACCGGCUUCAUCUGCUCCAUAUGUCUGAGUAUAUUCUGCGAGGUGCCGGAGAACACCGAGUGCCUGACUUGCGGCACCAAGCUCGCACUGGGCAACUAUGGCGCCAAGCCAGCCGUCAUCCCCAGGAAGAAGAAGAAGAAGAAGAAGAUCGUCAACGGCACCCCUCGUGAAGAUACAGGUAGCGGCGCUGGCACGCCGCGCCCCUGA